UGAAGUAGCACUGCAUGAGCAAAGGUACGCGUUGAAGGCUUUAUGAUAUCCUGGCUCACACAAAGAAAUCAUCAGGGGUGGUUUGAAAACGAUGUGACGCAGUCAUAGCUUGUGACAGAUUAUCUUCUUGUUGAGAGGGCCUGACGGGAGCUGCUGGAGCACCUGGUGAUGCAGUCUGAGUAAAUUUGCCCUAAACUUAUUGGUGUUAUCCUGAGACCUCUGGCUCUGACAUGGGUAAUGGAAUAAGCAAGGUCCUGCCUGAUCUUUAUCUUGGAAAUUUCAAAGAUGCACGAGACAGGGAGCUGUUGGCACGGCACAACAUCACCCACAUCCUGUCCAUCCAUGAUACAGCUGCACCCAUCCUGGAGGAGAUGACGUACCUCUGUAUAUCUGCUGCUGACCACUCUAAGCAAAACCUGAUUCAGUACUUCAGAGACAGCAUCAUGUUUAUCCACGAGUCCCGACUGAAAGGAGAAGGCUGCCUCGUUCACUGCGUGGCAGGAGUGUCCCGCAGCGUGACUCUGGUGGUGGCCUACAUCAUGACGGUGACGGGCUGCGGCUGGGUGGAGUCUCUGGCGGCGGUGAGGGCGGCCAGGCCGUGUGCGGGGCCCAACCUGGGCUUCCUGCGGCAGCUGGAGGAGUUUGAAAACAUAGACCUGGCAGAAUAUCGAGCCUGGUGGAAGGACCGGUACGGGAAGAGCUCGUUGAACGAUGAGGGGGAGAUCGAAGCUCUUUUAACUCAGAAAUCCAACUGCAGCAGCAGCAGCAGCGCCAUGUCAACCAACACCGCUCCCGCUUUGGCCACAAGUGGCACCUGAAAGAAAAUGUCUUCUGCCAGUCUCGUCUUACCUCUCACCUGAAGCAGCCGAGGACUGGGGGCUUCUGCUCGGACCACUGAACCCAUUAAGACCCGACCGAUCCUGCAGAGAGAAACAGCAGCGGGAACAUUUGUCUCUUAGAAAAAUUCAGUAAUGAUAUGUGUUGAAUCUCUUUUUCUUUUCUUUUUUUUUUUUUUGCAGUCAUGUGACGGGGGAAUUUUUUUAUGUCAUUAUCUUGAGUCCCUUUCGUCAUGUCAUGUCCUCGCCUCUAACUGUCAAAACAACAUGCAAGGGCAGUCAAGCAUGACACCAAGGAAAUAUGUACAUACAGUCCACAGUGUGAACACACAUUUAGCAGCGUGCACUCCCCUGUCAGUUAUGUUAUGCUGUGUCUUGUACUUGGAAUAUGAGUAUUACUUUCUAUAGACUGUGUGAAAGCUGAAGAAUAAAGUAUCUUCCAGUAAACCACAA